AUGAUGGUCUCUCUCUCUCCGUUUCUCGGUACACUCCUCGCCGUGCUGGUAGCACGAGCCUCCUCAACGCCCGAUUCUGACUUUCGCUGGGGCUAUAGCAAAGGGCAGAUUCAAGCGGCCAUGUCUACGAUGCGAUCGCACUACGGCGGCAACUAUCAGAGUCAGAUCUCGACACUCUGCCAGUCGCUGCUCCAGUCCAAUGGAACGCAAGGCUCUACGGAACCGAGCCCUGGCUCAGACCGGUCGGACGAACCAUCCAAAGGCAAUGACGAUCUUGACGACUUGCUGGAAACCGGAUCUGCACAGGGUGAUGGACUGGGAAGACGUGCGAGAAAGCAGGCUGCUACACGUCAUGCAAACGCGCGAAACAAAGGCAAACCUCACCUGAAGAGCUCAAAAGCCGCAGCCGCCAAGAUGAAAGGUGCUUCGGCCGCUCACAACGCGGCACUGGCUACGGCGAAGACCGUCAAGGCCAAUCAGUCGGGAGGAGUCGCCGCCAAGGCUAGCACAUUUGUUGCGUUGGAUGACGGAAGUGCUACGACCACACCGGGCACCACAUCUGGAUCGAACAACACCAUCUCUUCCGGCGCUAACAGUGAUGCCCCGGACAACGGUGCUCCUGGCUCAGACACUAACACUCCUGCUUCGACCACAACGCCUGGUUCUGGAACCACGACUCCUGGCACGGGCAGUACCACGCCUGCCUCGGAUACUCCGGUUACUACCACUCCAGGCACGGAUGAUUCGGGGACCACGCCAGGCACCGGAACGCCUGGAUCAGGCUCCGGGGCCGGAGUCACGCCACCGCCGUUUGACCUGCCACCCUUCCUGCGUCACUUGGAUCAAGGAAUAAUCAGGCAAGUGUGUCGGAUCAUGCUCGACUCAUCCCAGCCUGGAAGCUGGACGCCGAAGACUGGCGACGACGAUGACGACAAGCCGGGACGACCAUGGGACCACUGGCGCGGGCUCAAGCAUGGACCUGGUCCCGAUGGCAACGCGACCACCAAUGGCACCGGGUGGGGUCACGAUCGAAAGCCGUGGACGAUGCCAACUGCCACUGUCACAGUCACGGUCACUGCGACAGCUACGGUCACAGUUACCGCCGACGCUGCGCCAACGGUAUGA